GGAAACACCAGCGGUAAGGUAGACAAAAAUCUUCGUUGAGUUAUAAACAUUUGGUCCUUCGAGCCUUGUCUUGAGUUGUGAUAAUUUGUCGAAUUAUAUUUGUAAAUAAAAGAAGGUUUUUAAAUAAGUUGUUUAUAAUGUCUAUGCGACCUGAUGAUCAUCGUCGAAAAUGGGAUAAGACAGAAUACCAACGACUGGCACAGGAAAGGUUACAAAACCAGACGGCUAAGGCAAAUCCAAAGGAUGAAGAACCCAUACAACGCGAGAACCUAAAGCGGCGGGACUACAAAGUCGAUCUUGACAGUAAACUCGGAAAAAGCGUUGUUAUAAACAAGAACACUCAUACCUCACAAUCUGGUGGCUACUAUUGUAAUGUAUGCGACUGUGUCGUUAAAGACUCCAUUAAUUUUCUUGAUCAUAUCAAUGGCAAAAAACAUCAACGUAAUUUGGGCAUGUCCAUGAAAGUGGAGCGCAGUACUGUCGAUCAAGUAAAAGAACGAUUUCAAGCGAAUAAAAAACAGAUGGAAGAAAAACAAAAAGAUUACGAGUUGGAACGGCGCCUACAUGAAGCUAAAGAGGAGGAAGAACGUUACAAGGAGCAUCGAAAAGAGAAACGGAAAGAGCGUAAAAGGAAAGCCAGUGAUACCGAUCUAUUGGGUGGCGGUUUAUCUGAUGAUAUGGCAGCUAUUUUGGGAUUUUCUGGAUUUGGCGGUUCCAAAAAGAAUUCUUAGAAAAAACAAGAAAUUCGUAAAUUUUUGGUUUUGU